AUGGCCCCUCAACAGGCACCGGCUGCAGCGGCUGCUGCUACUGCCGCUGGUGAUGAGGGUGACCGGACGCAGCGAACUGUCUCAAUCCACAUCCUGUCUCCUUCUCUCUCAGGCUCGGAUCGGUUUACACUUCACGGCGUGCCACUUCGGAUUACCGUCGGAGAGUUGCGAGGGCUCAUCGCCCAGUCGUUCCCGGGUCAUCCAGGGCCAUCGACCCAGAGAUUGAUCCAUCGAGGAAGGCCUUUGGUAGUUGACGGUCAUAGACUGUUCCGCGUCUUGAGUCCGGUUGAGGAUAAUGAGUUCGCGGUUCACAUGGUCUUACCACUCGAGUCGGCCGCUAAUGACAACUCCUUUACCUCCGGGACCGGUACUCGUGUUGGAGUGUCGAGCCAAUUUCAAGCACCCAUCGCAGAUGCCCGUAUUGUCCAGCAGAAUGGCGGAGAUAGCCUGCGAUUCCGUGGCGUUCCCCCGCCAGCCAAUACCCAUGAACAAAAUGGGCAGCAGCACAUUUGGAACGCCAUGGAUAAUGGGACCCCACAAGGCACAGGCCCACCUCCACCUUAUUCUGUGGGCAUACCCAGCCCAGCCGAUGUCACCUACUUCGAGGACUUGUACAGGCAAGUUGAAAGCGCAGAGCUCAGUCUGGACCACGGCUUCGUCCCCCAGCACGAGCUUAUGUACCAGCUACGAGUGCGGACCGAGAUAUUAUUGCAUCAGCAGGCCCAAUAUCAGGGGCACCCUCUUUAUGCCUCUGCCCAUGCACUGAUGCAGCGUGUCAUGGCCCUUUAUCGGCGCAUCGAUCAACUGCCCGCCACUCGUGACGACAGUCCAGGACCAUCGAGUCCCUUCCAGUCAAUUCCGCAAGUCUUCUUGGCCACCGGACCAGAUGGUCGUCAGAGCUUGAUUAUGCCCGCAGCCAAUGCAGCCAUCUUUCCAUUGGCUGUUCCCAUGCCCCAGGCUGGAAAUAUCCCCACAGCCCACACCGGAGACAACCAUGUCCAUCAUGGAGCCCCAGCCGGUCAACACCCGGGCGUCGGACAGGACAUUGUCCGCCAGGCAGUAAUUAACCAGCAGCGACGCCGCGAAGUCGAGAACGUUCCCGUCGGACAAUAUCUGCGCCGGAUUUGGCUCUUUAUUCGCCUGUACUUUUGCAUUUACAUGAUCAGCAGUUCUGGUACCUGGGCACGUGUCUUCCUCGUUGCUGGUGCGGUGCUGAUUGCUCUGCUGUCUGAUACCGAAAUUCCUCGGCGAUUCCAAGAAAUUCUCAUCACGCCCAUCCAGCGCCAUCUCGAAGGCCUCGCUCACCUAGGGGGGCCAGCGGAUCAGGCCACACAGGGUGCUGGAGGUCAAAACGCCGCGACUGCUCAGGCAGGUGGUAAUGCUCCUGAUACCAUUCAGGGCGAAUUGUGGAGCAGCAUUCGCCGCAUGGAACGAGCUAUCGUGCUCCUUCUUGCAAGUCUUAUCCCAGGUAUCGGUGAGAGGCAGGUGGAGGCACGCAACGCGGCUGAGGCGGAAGCCGAGCGUCUUCGCCAAGAAGAACAGCAACGCCUGCAGGAUCAGCAGCAGCAGCAAGAGGAGGCACAAGCUCACCCUCAGCCAGAUGUUGCAGGAGACCAUACGGGGGUAAAUGGUACCACCGUCAACGGCGAAGCUACUGGACAGCCACACCCAGAGCCACAGCCACAGCCAGCUGUUCCCGCCUAAAAAGGCAUAGUAUCUACCAAGACAGCUUUGUGUGAAUGAGUUAUGUAUGAAAACAUGUUGAAAGCUCCUAAUCUACCAGCCCUACAUGAACG